CCUAAGGCUAAAACGUCUACAAAAAUAUUCACAUAAUGUUUACAAACCACUGAUAAACACAUGACUUUCAUACGAGAGAUAACUAUAAUUUAAUUAAAAGUCUUUGAAAACUAUCACUGAAACGGAUCCAGACAUGAAUUACCCGGCUAUCAACGAGUGUCACAUCGGGUUCGUGGGGGCCGGCACUAUGGCCUACGCUAUGGCCUCCGGGUUCGUCAGCUCCGGCGCUGUGAAGGCCAGCCAAUUGAGUGCCAGCGCGCCCUCCAAUCGCAAUCUCAAGAAGUUUGAGGCGCUGGGCUGUCACGUGACCAACAAUAACAACGACCUCUUCAGCCACUUAUCGGCACCGAUGAGACACAAGACGUUGAAGAUUAUCUUCCUGUGCGUCAAACCCCUUGUAUUCAAACAGCCGGUGCUCGACAUGAACGCCUACGCCAAAGAACCGGCAGUUUUAGUGGUGUCUGUGAUGGCCGGCAUAAACCUCGAGACGAUCGUACGGCGCCUUGAGGUAGACCCGGCUGACUGUACGCGUAAUCCAGACAAAGGGUCGGUAUUUGUGGCCCGCAUUAUGCCCAACACUGCCUGUGCGGUGAACGCCGGAGUCUGUGGUGUCAGUUACGUGACCACCGGUGCCCGAGACUAUAGUCAACGGCUGAAGGCGUUCCUGUCGGUGCUGUUGACUCCGUUAGGUGUCUGCGAGUUUGUCGAUGAGAAACAAAUGGACGCCGUGUGCGGGUUAAGUGGCAGUGGCAUCGCUUUCGUCUAUACGCUUAUACACGCCAUGGCUGACGGGGGUCUCAAAAUGGGUUUACCCCGCACUGUGGCCAACAAUAUAGCCGCGCAAACAGUGCUCGGCGCCGCUCUAAUGGUACAAAAAACUGGUCAAAACCCGAUAGCGCUGAGAGAUGACGUGGCGUCACCGGGAGGUACGACUAUCCAUGGCUUACACGCGUUGGCCAAAGGAGGCUUCGAUGCCGUGGUUAUGGACGCCGUCGAGUCGGCCACCAAACGAUCGCAAGAGUUCUCA